CGUACGAGUCGCGAGAAGGGAAACUGCGUUUGGACGUGUACUCGAGCUUUUCACUUUACGGAUGGGAUCAGCGAGACGAACCGUUUGAACCACUGUUCGACGUCUGUCGACAGCAUCCCGGGUGCGAGUAUCACGGCGCCGUAUCGAACGCAGAGGUGCGAGAAGCUCUCACGAAGGCGCACAUAUUCGCGUAUCCGUCAAUCUGGCAAGAGACGUCGUGCAUUGCCGCCAUUGAGGCGCUGAGCGCGGGCGUGCACGUCGUCACCUCGAGUCUCGCUGCGCUUCCAGAGACGCUCGGUACUUUCGCCACGAUGUACCAAUACGCCGAAGACACAGAGGAACAUCUCGCUGCUUUUGAGCGAGCGCUGGGCGAGGCGAUCGACAGUUACUGGUCGCAAGAGAAGUUCUCGAUGCGGCGCGUGCAACAGGUGUACGCGUCUCAAGUUUUUGGUUGGGGCACUGCUGGAUUCUCCGGGCGCGCGGACGAUUGGGUCAGAGUCCUCGGCUCAGCGCACGAGCUGUUCAACGGCGAGAGAACGCUCGAACGACAGGAUUUCAAUUCGGACUCUGAGUUUGCCGACGCGCUAUUCGUCGCAGGUCGAGUGAAAGAACAUCGUGGAGACGUCCAAGGAGCGAUGACGAAGUAUCGUCUGGCUCUCGAGUUUAACGCACUCAACUCUUACGCACUCGUUAGCCUGGGUGUCUUGGAAAUGACGGCAGGUGAUCAUUCGGGCGAUCGUGAGAUGGCAAACAGCGGGGUCAACCGUCUCGAGUUCGUCAUUGAUAACGCCGAGCGUCUGAGUCCGCCUCUCAAGCCAGACUCUGCGGCGUAUUACGGAGCCGCCGUGCGCAGCGGGUAUUAUCGAGAAAUCCAUAAUCAGCACGCGCGUGCUAUCAAGAGUUUCGAUAUGGGACUGAACACGUCACAAGCUGGAGAUAGCGACUGCUGGGAGGUGUAUCGCGCCACCAUGGUGCCACACUUCCCGCUGAGUCCAGAGGAAGAGAGGGGCACGAUUCGAGAGUUCAACGCUCGGAUCGACGCGCUCCUGGCUCGCGGCGAUCUCUUCUGUCAGCGCGAAAACGCACUAGCCAACGCAUUCUCAAUCGCGUAUUACUACACGGAGUGCGAUUACAAGGAAGAAUAUUCCAAAUGGGUUCGAUUGAAGGCAACGGUGUACCCGAAAUUGCAGUACUUUUCUCCGCAGCUCGCGUACGAGCGCGACGACAGCUACUUGACGAGCCGGGACAGCAAAACAAGUUUGAAACGUCUCAAAAGCCGCAAGAUCAAAUUAGGGGUCGUAUCUUCCUUCUUCAUGUCCGAGUCAAGCAUCUGGGGGAACUUCGGAUACAUCGUCCGCGGCCUGCAACAGGACAAGCGCUUUGAGGUUGACUUUGUUUUCUUCCCGCGAAACCUGAGCCCGAUCGCAGAGGAGGACAAGCUAUUGUCUCUGCGUCCUGAGUCUAACAUUUACCUUGAUGCACAUCAAAGUGAUCAAUCGGUGUUGGAUGCGAACCGAAAGAAGAUUGAGGCGCGGAAGUUUGAUGUUCUGCUCUAUCUUGACCUGCACAUGACGGGUGAGAUGCACGAUUACGCCAUGGCAAAGCUCGCGCCAGUGCAGAUCACCACUCACGGACAUCCGGUGACAUCGGGCAUUCCUGAGCUCAUCAUGGAUUACUUCCUAUCGUGGGAUCUCGCCGAACUUCCAGACAAGGUGCGGGCGCAGACUUUUUACACCGAGAAGUUGCUGUUGAUAAAGAGUAACAAGCAAGCGUGGGAGUACUUCGUGCCGAGGACGAAGGAUGAAGUUUCCUUAAUCAAGGGUCACGCUCCGUUCUCGCAGUUCACUCGAGAAAACAUCGACUUCAUCCCAGAUGAAGGAAUGAGAAAGCUCUCAGUCGAAGGUGCGACGUGGUACUUCUGCCCGCAAGCAGCGUUCAAGUAUCACGUCACGUUUGAUAGGAUACUGGGCGAAAUACAAAAGCGCGAUUCGAGCGCCGUCAUCAUCCUGAUGCAGCUCACGUCUGACAACUUGGAAGAUUUACAUGCCAAGGUCAUCGAAAGACUUUCGACGCACGGCGGAGUCGAUCUCGACCGCGUUGUGUUCAUUCCACGUAUGAAACACUACCAGCUGAUGGCAAUGUAUAAGUUCUCUGACGUCGUCCUUGACAGUGUGUAUUUCGGUGGUGACACAACGACGCGUGAGGCCUUUGAGGUCGGAUCGCCGGUCGUGACGCUUCCCGGUAAGACGAUCGGACAACGAUGGACGCAAGCAUAUUACAAGGUUAUGGGCAUCAGCGAUUACAUCGUCGACACGGCGGAUGAAUAUGUCUCCGUGGCGACGAAGUUCGCGAACGCCGACAGUGAAACGAAGCGCCGAGCUCGUGAACGCAUCAAGACCGCGUACCACAAAAAGCUCGUCGCCAACCCCAAGGCACCGAAACUAUGGGGCGACGCGAUAUUUCGCGCCGCCACCGCGCCGACGCGAUGGCAUUGGCGUGAUCAGGUAGAAACGAGCGCAGAACACGAUGAAUUUUAG